UUUUUAAAUGUUCAUUGUGCCCCAUAACAUGAAUUAGGCUCAGAAAUACGAGCCAAUUCGGCUAAAAUUUACAAUCCCCGAUCGGAAAUGACGUAGUUUGAUCGCAUUCAACUAUGCAGUUUGAUGAAGUAUGCACGUUGUCACUUUCUUGUAACUUUUGAUUGAAUGGCACUCAUACUAUGAAAACAUUUUAAAAGGGCAUCUGAUGAACUCGUGGCAUUCUGAGAUGAAAAUUUGAUUGAACCAAUCAGAAAAUUGACUCGAACAACAAAGGAUGUCAUGAAAUAGAACGUGACCAUGGCAUCAAAUACCCUCUCAGAACACUCAUCAGACACUGUGGGAGAUUUUACUGCCGUUGAGGCUGAUCUUGGCUCUCUCCUGGCUGGAAGAAUUCCACUGAAAACAGCUCAUUGUCUGGUGGAUGUCACAUCUCAAAGUCAAGAUGAGUUCCAUCCUAUCACCAAGCAUUCUGUGUGUUACAUCGUGGCAGGGAUCGUCAUCAAUGAUGCUGGGGAUGUCCUCUUCAUGCAGGAGGCCAAGGAAUCGUGUCGGGGGAAGUGGUACCUACCUGCCGGCAGGAUGGAACCCGAUGAAACUAUUAUCGAAGGUGCAAAGAGGGAAGUUCUCGAGGAAACUGGACUAGAAUUUGAACCCGAUACAUUACUCUGUGUGGAGAUUGGUACCUGUACAUGGUUCAGGUUCACAUUUAUAGGACAUGUGACAGGUGGAAGGUUGAAAACAUUAGCCGAUAGUGAUGGGGAAUCUUUGCAGGCAAGAUGGAUGUCAAAGGUGGAUUUGAGCAAUUCAAAAGCAUAUCCUCUCCGGGCACCCGAUGUGAUGAGACUGGUUAUGCUUGCUCAGAAUUAUCGCUCGAGACAUGCCAAUGUUCGGCAUCCGCCAUUACUGCCAGUGAUCAACGGACAUCAACAGCUGCUGAUGCGACUUGUUAUUACAAACAAAUCAGGUGAUGACGCGUUCGUGUUGAUGAAUACUCGAGAUGUGCCUCACUUCCCCUCUAUGGUGCUCAAUCCAUUUAUUCACAGGAGUAUGAAGGACUGUUUCAUCGAAGUUUUAAAGCAACCCUUUGGGACACCGACGGACAGUGACAAUCUAGAUGUUGUGGGUCUCUUAUCAAUAGAGCAUCAUGGGAAACCACAGGCAGUCAACGAUGGUUUCGGCAUAACGUUCCUGUUAUCAUUCCCGGACAAUGGCAUCUUGCCAAAGAUUUGUCAUAAAGCAGAGGAGACAUACUCGUGGCAUAAACUCGCAGAAUCUGAACUGAAGAACAACCUCAUGAAAAGACUUAUCCCAGGCAUGUGUGUACCUGCAAUACUCUAAACCUUGACAAAUCGUUGCAAACACAAAUCAUCUCAUAUAGAAUCGGGGAUGCUCAGGAUCAUUUGGAUGCAACUGUGAUCAGUAGAUGAAGUUUCUAACUCAAAUGUAAUUGUCAAAAAUAAAAAAGUGUACGUUAACGAACCUUUCUGUAAGGGCGAAAGUCCAGUUUUUGUGUGGAAAUCGUUUAUUAUGAAUGAUGUUUUAAUAAAAUGUUAUCAUUAUCGAA